UAACUUUGGAUCCCGCUUCAAUCACAUUGACGGGAAGAUGACAGCGGCGGCGUCCGAUGCCACCAAUGUGUUUGUGUACGGCACUCUCAAGCGGGGCUUCCCAAACUUCGCGCUAUACCUGGGACCUGCAGUCGAACGUAAGAAGGCAGUAUUUCUGGGAGAUGGCACCACGUGCUCCCCGUAUCCGCUUGUAGUGGGCGGCGACCGGUCCGUACCAUUCUUGUUGAACGUGCCAGGCGAAGGUGCCCCGAUCUCCGGCGAGGUGUACUCUGUCGAUGUAUCGACGCUGGAGGCGCUGGACAUUCUCGAAGGCAUCAGUGACGGGUACUACAAGCGUGUUUUGGUUCCUGUCCACGUUCGAUGCAGCAACGUCACGCUCGACUGCUUUGUGUACAUGCGAGUCGUUGCACAGGACAACGACCCGUUGCUGCAACUGGAGCGCGUGACCAGCUACACAAAAGAAGCAGCUCAAAAUUACAAGUCCCGCACGAAGUUGCCCAACGUCGCCAUCCUAGCACUUAUCCACGACCUGGACGAACACAUGAGGCACACAGUUCAAGCGAAACUCGAAGCGGGCGAGUCCCUCGACGCUGCUUUGCGCGCCAGCACAUCUAACUCCUCCUAGGGCUAAUAGAAAGCAGGCCAGAGGUCCUGAUGCAUUUGGAUUUUACAGAAAAAAAUCAAGAUCCAGUGGAUAGAUUGUAAGUUUACCCAUCGGCGUCCGCCAUUCAGCUCUAUAAUACCAUGCACGCUGCCCUACUUACCACUGCCCGGUUCGAACGACAAUGACCGUGAUGUCGUCGCGACUGCCGCGGGCAACACUGUCCUGCGCAAUAGCUUCGCACGAGCAUGCGCACCCGACGCUGCCGUCCUCGGCGACCUGGUUGUCCAUCCACGUCGAGUCAGCAAGACACAGCACAUCUCGGCUGGACAUGACAUCCCACACACCGUCGGUUGCGAGCACGUACAAGCUGUCUGGACAGAGCUCAGCCUCGUUGAUGUCGGGGUCGGCAAUCACCCAUCCUUCCAUCCCAGGCAUCUUCAUGUCCAAGUCCCCAAUGCUUCGCGACGGCGCCAACACGCCAGCGACGCGAUCCAUGAUUACAUGCCCGCCUGCCUUGGCGAUUCGCUGCUUUUCCAAAGGACAACUGGCUUUGUGAUCCGUCGACAGUUCCAUGUACUCGCGUCCCUUCUUUCUUCGCUCCAGCGCAGACACACGACAAUCUCCGCAAUUCACGACGAACCUUGUGCGUCUGCCGUCUUCUACGACCACUAGCGCCACAAAACACGCGCCACUGAAAUCGUUCGCAACGGUGGCAACUUCUGCAAAUCUCGUCUCGAGGGUUGCUGUGGCGUGGCGAAGCGUCUCCACCGUCAGCUCUGGUUCCUCGUCGAGGAUGUCCACGAGGUGGGUCUUCACGUACUCGGAGGCCAAGUCACCGCCGUGACCGUCGAUGACGGCGAAGACACUGAAUCGAGGUCCGCGGUACACCACGGCGCGAUCUUCGUUCGAAUGUGAUGGGCUUUUCCACGACACAAACGCGCUGCUCAGCGGCACAAGAUCCUUUUCAUUGUUCGUAGACUGGUUGUCUUCUUGCUCGUUGUGUUCGUUGCCCAAUGCGUCGGCCACGUCGUGAAGAUCCAACGAAACUGGACACACGUUGCCCUUGGCGAACUGUUCGUGCUUUCCAUGAGCGACCGCGGAGUUGCCGUCGGAUGUUGUCAUCAUGGACAGCUGAAUGUUAGAGCGCUGAAAGUCCAUGUCGUGUCCAGCGCAGUGGUUGAUGGGCGAUGUGGUCGAAGCAAGUUCUUCCGCGUCGCGAUCGAUAUACCGUGUUGGACGCGGUGAGGAAGAACAAGUAAGCUUG